GGGCCUGGGCUAGACUGGCGGGGAGGAGCAGGGCCGGUGGGGGGCAGAGGUGGGUGUGUAAUUGGGGCUGGGGCCCUGCAGGGAGGCGGUUCCCGAGGAGGGGUCUCCUGGGGGCUGGGAGGGGAGGCUGGAGAUCAGCGUCCCGAGCGCUCAGACAUCCCGCGUCAGGCCCAGAACCCUCGUGAGAUCGGCUUCGGCAGCGCAGGAUUUUACACCACGAUUUCCUUCCGUCUGCGCGUUCCCCGACGCCGUCCCCAGGGCUGCGCCGGCUGCAGCUCCCAGGCGAAGCCGGACCUGCCAGUCGCUGCCCGGAGGAGCCGCCAGGCUCCCGCUCUGCCCCCGGUGCUGCAGGAAGGUCCCCAGGGUGCUGCUGCUACAGAGCAGGACGGCGUUUGCCUUUCUAGCUGUGUCCGCGCACCACCCGCACGGGGGAGCCACAGGCCUGGUCCCUCCGAGAACCCAUCGGUGCCCUCACCCCAUGGAGAGCCGUGUGGAGGAGGAGAGGGAUGGGGGGCUGCCUGACCCCCCCCCUCGGGCACCUGGCUGGGGGGUCUCUGUGUGGGGGUCUCUGGGAUUCAGACCAGGAGACGGAGAACAGGGAAAACCCCUCCAGCCGGGAUCCUUGGAAGCCCCGUGUAGACGGGCGGUGGCCAGUUCAGAGCGACCACCCGAGGGAACGUCUCACACAGACGAGGAGGAGCCAGGUCAGAGCAGCAGCGACACCGCUCGGCAGUGUCACCCCUGAGGCUCCCAAACCAACCUCGUCUUCCUCUCAGCGCGGCCUCGAUAGACGGGAUCCAGGAGGAACGGGUGCGCCCCUGAGAGACGGAGCAAGGGGGCUAAGAACCAGCCUGAGCCAGAGUUCAUUUCCUCUCCGGAGGUCGAUGGAGCACGGACGCCCCUGCUCAGGACACAGGAUGGGGGAGACGGAAAUCCUACGGCCCCUAACCAGGAGGAAGGACACAGCGCUCUGGAGACACCGCGAAGCAGCCCCCGCAUCCCUCAGAGCUCCUGCUGCGUCCCGUGCUCUGCUCAGCGGGACCGGCCGGCCUGUGUGAAUCCGGCCCCCUCACAUACAGUGAGUGCUUUGGUCUGGGGGCCCCAGAACGACUCCCCUGGCAGCAGCCGUCCGUUCUGACUCCCCUCUGGACGCCCUGCGGGGCUCAGCCGGAGCCGGGGCUGCAACGCAGUGACCUGUCGGCAUGUGCAGUGGGGUGCCGAAGGCAGCUGGCCAGGCCGUAGCGACCCCAACUCCCCUCCCAACACUUGGAUGAGGCCAGCUGGGGAAUCGGUGGGAAGGCAAUGGGCGGCAACUCAGAGAAAGCAAAGACGCCCCUGGCUCCUGCCAAGGCCCACAGAGGGGCUAUAAAUCCUGCUCCAAAUCCAGACCCUCUUUCCCAGCAUCCAGACCAGCCGUUCAGCAGGUGAGACAAUCCUGGCCACUGCAGGGAAAGUGUCUGCACCCGGAGGUGGCUGAUCUAGGGGGACACCCACAAGGCAGCCUCCCGUCCCAGACUCUGUGUGACUCGCCGCCAGAGCAGACUGGUCGGAGCAGUGCACAAGGGGUCGUUUCUCCAGUGUGCGGAUCCUUGUUCUCUAAUCCCCGCGCCAGGUGUGUUCUGCGCUGUCCAGAAAGCGUGGGCGCUGGUUCUGCCCAGAUUUGCCCCUUCUCCCUCUCCCCCGGUCCCUCAGGAGAGGGGGGCGCAGGUGGCUGUCCCUCAUCUCCUGCAGACGGGGGCCUUAGGACUAGUCCAGCCCCAGAGAGGGAACGGGGCCUGUACUCCAUCCUGUCCCUGCUCAAGGAGAAAUCGGGGCAAUAGGACCCUGCUCGGUCUGUAACGUCGCUGGGAGAGCCCCAGGAAGCCCCGAUUCAACACAGACGUUUAAGUCCCUCCCUGGCGGUGAUCAGCAAAGGGCUUGUCUGUGCUCCAUGGACCUGAGAGACGCAGCCCCCUGCCCACCCCUUUGGUCAGCGUCACCGCAGAGCUCGGUGUCACCUCUGCCUCCCAGCACAUCCGGUUCAGCUCCUCGCCCAUCGGCUUCGCCGCAGCCCCAGGGUACCUGCCAAGGGUUCGAUGUCGGGGUCACUGCCCUCAGACAGGAAGGGGUCACCUCUGGCCAUCCUCAGCGAUGCUCCAGCCAGAGGGUGAGCGGCACAAACCACUUCCCAGGUGCUCUGGAUCCUGGGACCGCAGGUUCGUUCUGCGCCGGGAAGAGAGACACCUGGGUCCCACGCCGCGGAGAGCUCACCUGGGGGUGGGAAUGACCCACAGUCUCACAGGGGUUAUUGCUCAGGAGAGAUGGGACAAUUCCCUGCUUUGCUCAGGACGGCCAGCAGCCAGCGAGAGGUCUCAGCCUGCCCCGGUGUCACUGCUGGGGGGGGUGUUGUGUGUGGACACACUGCGGUGACCGUGCUCACGAGAGCGCCCCAGUGGUUCCUGCUGUCCCUGCCCACUCACACCUUGGGGCGUCCGACCAGGAGAGUCCGGCUUCCCCGGAGCCUCAGCACCUCUCGUAUGGGGUUCAGCGCCCGUCGUUUCCCAUAGCUGGGCCGGAUAGGAGAGUGCUACAGGCAGUGCCAGGUGGGGGCAGGGGGCACUCGCGUGGAGAUGAGCUCAGUAUGGAGCAGGGGAGGGAGCCUGGCAUGAACUGGCUGCAGCGCAGGGGGAUUGGCUGCGGAUCCGGCCCUGUCCCCAGGGGUGAACAGCUCCCGACUCCGAACCGACACCACCGCAGUGCCCUGCGUCCGCGAACAGGGCGGGCCGAAGUGGUCACGCCAGCAGGAGCAAGCCGACCCUCUGAUGUCCUGUGUGGAGCGAAGCCCCCAGCGCGUCCGAGCUCGGCGCGGUCAAGGAAUGAGACCUGGCGGGCGACGCAGGGAAGAGCUGGCUCAGGCGCCAGGAGCCUGCACCCAGACGAUCCUGUUCCUAGUCAGGAAAUUUCCAGUCUCCCCGAGAGACCUGUUUGCCUCUGACCUAAGCUGCAGGGGUCCCUUCUUUCCCAGCUGAAAGAGGGGCCCAAGGGUUAUAGGCACAGAGGGCGUCUCCCGGGGUGAUCAGUUGGUCCCCUGUAUGGCUGCCCCCUGCCACCCAGAGCUAACGGUGAUCAGUUUAUGAAUGGGAUCAUGGCGGGGCUGCUUGUGACGGCAGGGACAGGACUCGAUGAUCCAGCAGGUCCCCUCGUCCCACGUCCUGUCUCUCCAGGGGCUGAGGAGGGAGAAGGCGCCGGUGAUAUCAGCAGCUCCCUAUUGGCCAAGAAGGCCCUGUUUCCCCGAUCUCAGCCUGGCUCAGUCUGACCCCCUUGUCCUCCUUUAGGACAGGAUGUGCUGUCCCAGGGACCGCUCUGUUCCCCAGAGCCAGCGCACCCCAGACUGACAGCCUGGCUUUCGAGCGGCCCCAUGUGAUGCUUACAUGGCGUCAUCUCUCUCCGCUGGCGUCCAGGAAACCUCCCACAGGGUCCGCCGGACCCAGAACCGGGGGCCGUCCAAGCUGGGCUGCAGGAGACGUAGCUUCUCUGCUUCUUCCCCAGCUCUAAUGCAGCUCUUGGAAUUGGGACCCAGGGCUUGGCAGUCUUAACGUCAUGUCAGGGGGCUGAUGUCUCUCCUUCUUACUCACAUCUCUCCCCAAGCAGGCAGAGUGUCCCUCAGGACGAUGUCCCAGUAUUUCCUCUCCAUCAAGGAGGCCUUCCUCGUAGCCCUCCUCUCCCCCCCGGGGGGUGUAGAAGUUCGGGGCCUUAUCCCUUUAGGAUCCGUCCUGCGCGUUCUUUGUUGAGGUGCGUUGCACACGUCCAUUCCCGUGUAGGUCUGUGUGCACCCGAGCACCGCGGCUGGAAUUUCCCCCCUAGUGGUACCCAUCGGGUCGGCUCUGGCACCCCCCGGUGCCGUGCGCUCACAGUGCAGGUAUAAGGGGCCCUGCCAAGCCCGUGCCCUUCAGUUUCUUCUUACCGCCCAUGGCGGCUGUUGGAACUUCCCUCCUGGCUUUGGCCAGUUUUUCUCGUGGUUUUCUCUGGUUUCAUCGUGUAUGUUGUUAGUUAGUUGGAAGUCGUUUUUAGUAAUGCGAGUGCUUGGACACCUGUCCCCUCGCUGGAGAGCCUGUCCACUCCCCGGGGCCGGGGUACGCCUCGCUCACUGGGCUUCAAGCCCUGCUCUUCCUGCGGUAAAUCCAUGCCAACGAGUGACCCGCACUUGAGCUGUCUCAGGCAUUUGGGGGCAGCUCAGAGGAAGGGUCGCUGUCAGAUCUGCAGGGAAUUCGAACCCCCACCUGACAGAUGGGGCAGCGGGACCGAAAGUUCUCCUGAUGGAGGCAGCAUGAAGGCCGGCAUCAGACCUGAGAUCGGACUUGGCACGGAGCAGCUCCGCUUCGGUGCAGAGCAUGGCUCCCGCCAGUCGGGGCUUGCGGCACCGCCCCCCUUCGCCGGUGCCCAAGGACAGGCACUGCGGGUACUGAGACAAGAGCUGCUCCCCGGUACCGAAAGGGGCCAGGCAAGGAGACCAGGACAGUGUGAGAGCUGCGCCAGGCUGCUCUCCCUUGCUGGCACCGCUGCAGCCGCCACUAAAGACACCCAUGCCGGCCACGUGUACCCCGCCAAGAGACAUGCCACCUUCCUCCAGGCAGUGUAUCAGACACUUCAUAUACCAUCCACCCCAGGGGCGUACGCGGCAGCUAGAGACCUGCUGAUGCUGCCAGUACCAGGGUCCCUGGAUGUCCUGGACCUGGCAUCGCCAGCACCAUCGGGUGGCAGAGAGUUCUCACCCGGCCGUAGAACCGCUCUCCAGGGGAAACCCCCUCGGGUCACUUCGCCCAGGGUGUCCGCACGGCACUGGGAGGGUGGGCACCGCCAUGGUCUCCUCGCUUCUCCACUCAGGCCUUCCCGGAUAUCUGGGCAGCAGAUAUCGUCGCUCGUCGCUCUUCCUCUACAUGCGGCGAUCAUGGAGCCCAUUGCAGCUCUGGCAUCACAAAGCCUCCCUCACGCCUAAGCGAACGGAGCGGGAAUAUUUUGUACCUCCCAAGAGCUGAGAAUUUAAUUCUCACACCCCUGCCCCACAGCCCAAACCAAAGGCAAAAGAUCCCCCAAAGUUGGCCUUGUUCAGGAGGAAAGCCUCCUCGCCGGGGGAUUGCAGCUCCCCAUAGCGACCCGGCAAGCCUGGCUGGGUCGCUGUGAUUUUAACAGAUGGGAAGCGGUGCAGAAAUGGCAGGACAUGCUCCCCCAGGGCGCCCGGCUGGAGGUCUCUGCCCUUGUGCAGGAAGGGAGAGCAGUGGCGUGGGCCUCCCUGCAGGCAGCCCUGGAUGUCGCGGGUUCUGUGGCCAGGUCAGUGGCCACGGCUGUCACCAUGUGCAGGAGCUCGUAGCUACAAUCUUCGGGAUUUCCACAGGAAGUGCAGCAGACGACCCAGGACCGUCCAUUCGAAGGUUCCUCACUCUGGUCAGAGCAGACAGACACCAGGCUGCAGGGCCUUACAGACUCGAAGGCAGUGCUGAAAUCCCUGGGUUUACACUGACCUGCACAAUCUGGAAGGUGCUAUAGGCCCCAGCAAUACGGGUGAUGCUAUUCUUCACCGCUGGUCGUGUCUGGGCGGAGGAGAAAGAACAAGGGGUUUGGGUGCAGGCCUCCUCUGCCCUCCUCUUCCACGGGGCCAUCACCUUCGGCUCCUCAUCAUUUCGGCACCUCGAAGCUCUCGUUUUGACAAGGCGCUCACGGAUGAUCUACAAGUCCCUGCACACCAGGACUCAGUCACCCCUGUAUUUUCCAACAGUCCUAUUUCCUCAGUGCCUGGAAACACAUUUACCUCGGAGCGCUGGGUCCCAAACACAGUGGAAUCCGGGUAUAGCCUCCAAUUUUUGUCUACCCACCCUCCCCGUCCCUCUUCAGGGACCCUUCUCACAAGCAUCGGUUGGAGCAGGAGGUACAAUCCCUCAUUCGGAUGGGAGUCGUGGAAGAGGUUCCACACCCGCUAAGGGGAAAGGGGCUUUAUGCCCGUUACUUCCUCAUUUCCAAAGCCAGGGGAGGUCUCAGACCGAUCCUAGACCUUCCUCGGCUCAAUCACUGUCUCAAAAAGUGGAAGUUCCGCAUGGUCUCCUUGGCUUCCAUCAUCCUGUGGCUGGAUCCAGAGGAUUGGUCUGCCGCCCUCGACUUGAAAGAUGCAUACUUCCUCAUAUCAAUUUUCCAAGGCCACACAAGGUGUCUAAGAUAUGCAGUAAACCAGACCCAUUACCAAUUUGCAGCCCUGCCAUUCGGUCUGUCGGUCGCCCUGGCAGUCUUCACCAAGUGUAUGGCAGUAGUAGGGGCCUUUCUGAGAAAUAAGUCCACGUUUUCCCAU